AUGGCGUCAUCACGCGAAGCGUUCACUGCCGCCGUUGAAGCCUCGUGUCAGCCCAUCGCGCCACUGAGCCUGAUGGGGAAUGUUCCGCUUCUUAUUUUUUCUUCUCUGAUCCGCCACUUCCCACAGCAUAUUCUUACUUCCAUGUUCCGCCGGCAGGCACACGUAAAGAGGAAGAGGAAGAACACACUAACGUCACCAACUCCCGCUUCGCGCAGCACAUAUCGUACAUGCAGGGACGAAGAGAUGCACGUGCCCAGUUCCUCCCCACCAAUGCUGCGGAGAACAUCUCGCCGAACAGAGACGCCGGACGAAGCUGAGGGGCUCAAUGCCGAUAGCGGUGUGACGGGUCCCUUUCUCCAGACCUUCCGCCUUUUGUGCCUCUGCAACAAACGGCGGAGAAAAGGAGUGCGCGUCAAAACAUUCAGAGUCUUUUCGGUACUCAUGUGA